GGCAACUAACUUCCCCCUACGCGCUGUUGUCUCUCUCUGCAAGUGCAACCCACCAACGCCACCGCGAAACUCCUCGUCCCGCCGGGAACCUCCCGGCCGGCCACCACUCCCCGGCGGCGUCGCCCCUCAUCUCAACCACAUUCUCUCCCCGUUAAUGCUGUAAGCUCAGCGCAAUGUCUCCUCAGAAGAUCAAGUCCCCGGCCAGUCAACCGCAGGACCUCAAGUCCCGGGUCAUCUCCUGCCUCCACAAGCUCUCCGACCGCGACACUCUCGCCGUCGGCACCUCCGAGCUCGAGUCCAUCGCCCAGACAUUGACCCCCGACACCUUCUCCCCUUUCCUCGCCUGCAUCCACAACGCGGAUGACUCCUCCAAGUCCCCCGUCCGCCGGCAGUGCGUCCACAUCCUCACCCUCCUCUCCCACUCCCACGGUGAUGAUCUCUCCCCUCAUGUCUCGAAGAUGGCCGCCAUAAUCGUCCGCCGCCUCCGUGAUCCGGACUCAGCCGUGAGGGCGGCCUGCGUGGCCUCCGCCGCCGCCAUCGCCGCCAAGGUCACGCGGCCGCCGUUCUCGGCCCUUCUGAAGCCCCUGACGGACGCGCUCACCACUGAGCAGGACGUGAACUCGCAGAUCGGGGCGGCGAUGUGUGUCGCCGCAGCUGUGGAGGCGGCCCCAGAGCCAGAGCCGGAGCCAGAGCAGCUGAAGAGGCUCCUCCCCAGGGCCGGGAAGCUGCUGAGGAGCGAGGGGUUCAAGGCGAAGGCUGCAGUGCUGGGGAUGGUAGGAAGUAUAGUGGGAGUCGGUGGAGUGGUAAGUAAGAGCGUCUUGGAGUGGUUAGUCCCUCUGGUGAUGGAAUUUCUGAGUGGCGAGGACUGGGCGGCGAGGAAGGCCGCAGCUGAGGCGCUGGGAAGGGUGGCGGCGGCAGAGAGGGAGCUUGCGGUGGAGCACCGCGCUUCCUGCUUGAAGUGCUUGGAGGCUCGGAGGUUCGACAAGGUUAAGAUUGUUCGAGAAACGAUGAACCGGAGUUUGGAGCUGUGGAAGGAGGUUGCAGAUGCUUCUGAGGAGGUCUCAGCUUCCUCUCAUUCCUCAUCAUCUUCGCCCGGUAACGGAGUUGCGGGUUGCUUCCCCUCCCUAUCGAAAAGUACACAUGAUGUCGCUCCGAAGUGUUCUGUACCAAAGAAACCAGUCCCCACAAGCAGAUCACCUCCAUCAGAUACUGCCCUUGGGACCAUCACCAAAAAGGAUACCCCUCAAAAGGCCAGUAUCAAGAACCAAAACUCUUCCGCCUCCUCCAGAUCAGAACGAAAGAAGGGUUCCAGUUGGAAAGUUGAGAUUGCUGUGCCCCACUCCUUAAACUCAGUGCCAGAUCAUGAUGAUGGGACUCCUUCUGGAGUUCUGGAACUGUGCGAGAAUGAGGAUAAGGGAAGCUCUAGACCAGAAACAAAGCGCGCCCUUUUCGGUAAAAUUGCAGAUGAGAAAGUGCAGAGGUUUGGCGCUUUCAAGUCUGGGUCUCGUGUUGUGCCGUUCAGUGAGCCUGAGAUGUCGGAGUUCGAAUCGGGUGUUAUGUGCAGAGAAGCUUCCAGUGAAGAUUAUGACAAUGAGAAGGAAAUGCAAGAGUUGUCCAUGGUUCGUAAACAGCUCGCUCAAAUCGAAAAUCAGCAAGCGAGCCUGUUUGAACUUCUCCAGAAAUUCAUCGGGAAAUCCCAGAGCGGGAUGAACUCUCUUGAGACACGUGUGCAAGGCCUAGAGAUGGCACUGGAAGAAAUCUCAUUGGACCUGGGACUGUCAAGUGGGAGGUUUCCAAAUAGGGACUCUGCAGACAACACAUGUUGUAAGCUCCCGGGUGCUGAUUUUUUGAGCUCCAAGUUUUGGAGAAAAGAUGAAGGCCGAUAUUCCACAGCAAGGUUGUCUUCUCUGGGGAAUAUCCAACCUGGUAAUGAAAGAUUUUGGGACGGAAACACCAAUCCUUUUGCAGAGAUAAGGGAGGUAGGAGAUUAUUCGAGUAGGAGAUCUCAGAGAAUGGCACGAGAUGUUAACAAGGUCCAUUUUGUAAAUUCCAACGGGGUCAAUGGAACUUCUCCGGCUGCUUCCUUAGCAGCGGGAAGUCGAGUCUAGCAAGAAGAUCCUCAUCGUAGUUUUUGAUGGAGUUGAGCUUGUCGCAGUGGUCGAACUCUGCUUGCGUAGAUGCAUAUAUAGUUGGUCUUUUAAGACGCAGCUGUACCAUGUGAUGAAUUGAUACAAGUGAGGGAAUGAUUUUUCAGGAAGGCUUGGGAUUAGAGAUCAGAGAUUAGUUAGAUAUGAAUGCACAACUCGAGAAGAGGACCGCUUGCUGGAGCUGCUUACGUACCCGUAUUGGGGAUCGAGCUGCUGAUGCAUUAAGCCCGUUAAAUGAUACUGCUGCUAUCUUUUAAUUAUCGUGUACAGAGAUUGAAGUCAUUUGAUGUUAUGUACGUUCACCUUAGCAGCAUGGAUUUAUUCUGGGAGCAUUGCUUUGAGCAA